AUGAAAUUUGUAGAAUAUCCCGAGGUAGAUGGCCCAGAAAUACGCCCGUCCAUUCUUCGCUGUCCGUUUUCCCCGUGUAAUGCUCGCAUAAUAGCGUCCGAUAAUCUAAGUCAAGUCAAAGUACACAAUUCUCCUUCACUCGUCAACGUACUGAAGGAUCAGGUUCAUGAUGUAUUUUAUAUGAUAAAUGACGUUUGGGACUUUGAUAACAUAGGUGUUCUGAGACCAGCAACCGAUAUACAGCAACCGACAAUAGAUGGCGAAGAGUCAAAUUUGGACAUAAAGAUCGAAAGGUUACUUAUUUGUAGCGAAUGUGACAAAGGACCUCUUGGGUUUGCCGGGUUUGAAGGAGAUGAAACCGAUGUUAAAAAACUCAAGUAUUUCUUGAGUUGCAAAAGUGUUUUAUAUCAACUACAAUGA